AUGAGUCAACAACCAAGACGACGUUUUCCUGAAAACUACAUGGUUAUUUGGGUUGAUGGAAAUAUGGAUAUGACCAAUAAAGAUUACCAAAAUACAAUGGACCAACUGCGUGGCGUCGUGAACCAAGUCAGUCUGUGUACAACAGCUGAAGAAUGUAUUCAACAGCUGAAUGAAAAUCCUGAAGAGAUAUCAUUUGUUAUCUCCUCAGGUGCACUUGGACAACAUCUUGUACCAAGCAUCCACGGCAUGACAAAAUUGAAUGCUAUAUUCAUAUUUUGUCGUAAGAAAGAACAGCAUCAAGUAUGGGCCCAAAAUUGGACAAAAAUCAAAGGUGUUCACACAACAAUCAAACAUAUUUGUGAGAAAUUGGCCAUAGCAACCAAACAAUGCAAUCAAGAUCAUAUGUCGGAAGCCUUAAGCACAAAUGAUAUGGUUGGAAUACUAUUCCAAAUAACAAUCGAUCCUAAGAUGUCAUCGACUCCAUUCGCCUCCAUUCGUGAAGAAAGUUAUUUCAAAAAAGAAGAUGAAAUUCUCUUCACCAUGCACACGGUGUUUCGCAUUGGUGAAGUGCGAAAAAUUGACAACAAUCGUCCACUUUACCAAGUUGAUCUUAAACUUACGUCAGAUGAUGAUCCACAACUUCGACAAUUAACUGACUACAUACGGCAAGAAGUCGACGGCACCGGAUGGUAUCGAAUGGGACAAUUGUUACUCAAAAUAGGUCAAUUCGACAAGGCCGAAGAACUAUAUAUGGCACUACUAGAACAGGCAUCGAACGAUAGUGAUAGAGCAUAUAUUAGUAACAUGCUUGGAUGGGUGAACUGGAACCAAGGACAAUACAAAGAAGCAGCUUCCUUUUACAACAAGUCUCUCGAAAUUUACCGAGAAAUUCUACCAGAAGAUCAUCAGACCUUGGCUAGUACGUACAACAACAUUGCUCUAGUGCACAACAGCAUGGGUGAUUUCUCGAAAGCACUUGAAUUUUACGAAAAAUCACUUAAAAUAAAAGAAAAAGCUCUGCCUUCGAAUCAUCCUGAUUUGGCUACUUCAUACAGCAACAUCGGUCAAGUGUAUAACGACAUGGGUGACUACUCGAAAGCACUUGAAUUUUACGAAAAAGCACUUAAAAUCGACGAGAAAACUCUGCCUCCGAAUCAUCCAGAUUCGGCUACUUCAUACAGCAACAUCGGUCAAGUGUAUAAUAACAUGGGUGACUACUCGAAAGCACUGGAAUUUUACGAAAAAUCACAUGAAAUCUACGAAAAAGCUCUGCCUUCGAAUCAUCCUCAUUUGGCUAAAUCAUACGGCAACAUUGGUCAAGUGUAUAAUAACAUGGGUGACUACUCGAAAGCACUUGAAUUUUACGAAAAAUCACAUAAAAUCUACGAAAAAGCUCUGCCUUCGAAUCAUCCAGAUUUGGCUACUUCAUACAACAACAUUGGUGCAGUGUAUAAUAACAUGGGUGACUACUCGAAAGCACUUGAAUUUUACGAAAAAGAUCUAGAAAUCACAAAAAAAGCUCUGCCUUCGAAUCAUCCAGAUUUGGCUACAUCAUACGGCAACAUCGGUCAAGUGUAUAAUAACAUGGGUGACUACUCAAAAGCACUUGAAUUUUACGAAAAAUCACAUAAAAUCUACGAAAAAGCUCUGCCUUCGAAUCAUCCCUCAUUGGCUAUGUUGUUCUGGCACCUCGGCUCGAUUUAUGAGAAAAUGAAUCAAUACUCAAAAGCACUCUCGUUCCUAGAAAAAUCACUUGGCAUCUACCAUAAAUCACUUCCAUCAAACCAUCCGCAUAUUGAAUCGGUCACAAAGGCGAUUGACAAUAUAAAAAAGAAAAUGUAA